AUGUCAUCUAGGAAAAAGAAUAUUUUAAAAGUAAUUGUAUUAGGUGACUCAGGUGUUGGGAAAACAUCUUUAAUGCAUCGUUAUGUUAAUGAUAAGUAUUCCCAACAGUAUAAAGCAACAAUUGGAGCUGAUUUUUUAACUAAAGAAGUUACAGUGGAUGAUGAUAAAGCAGCAACUAUGCAAGUUUGGGAUACUGCUGGUCAGGAACGUUUCCAAUCCCUUGGUGUUGCUUUUUAUAGAGGUGCAGAUUGUUGCGUUUUAGUAUAUGACGUUACAAACUCAAAGUCCUUUGAAAAUAUUAAAUCUUGGAGAGAUGAGUUUUUAAUACAUGCAAAUGUUUCUUCACCAGAAACAUUCCCAUUUGUUAUAUUGGGGAAUAAAAUUGAUGUCGAAGAUUCUAAAAAAAUUGUAACACAAAAGUCUGCUCAAGAAUUAGCAAAAGAGUUGGGUGAUGUCCCAUUGUUUUUAACAAGUGCUAAGAAUGCUAUUAAUGUAGAUCAAGCUUUCGAAGAGAUUGCACGCAGUGCACUACAACAAAACCAAGCAGAUGCAGACGCUUUUGAGGAUGAUUUUAAUGAUGCAAUUAAUAUUCAACUAGAUGGGGAACCAAGUUCAUGUAGUUGUUGA